UAUAGAGACUUGAAGACUGUACCGCUUCUCUGCUACCAUCCACAAGGCUACAAUGGUCUGUGGCUUGCGUUAACAUAAAUGGGAAUAUACGGAUACCAAGUUCCAUACUGUAGUGAUAACGCAACGUCAUUAAUUUUCAAGGCUCGAAAUCCCUGCACACACUACGUCGUUGGAAGACCCCCCUCACUGGUACUGUACCUAGGUACCUAAAUAUCGUUCACCUUGGACAUUCGCCCUGGGAUUCCAAGCCCCAUCAACUUUCGCAAUUGCCUAGAGAGAGUCUGCUACGGGUAAAGAAACCCUCCUUAUCGCAACCUUUCAGUCGUGAAGACUCGCGUCCAUCUAUUGCCUAUCGCGGCAGAGCCGGUCGCGAUGGCCGAGUCUGGAGAAGGGAGCCGGUCUCCAGGCCAUCACAUCGAGUUAGUCGACGACAACCCCUCACCGCGGCACGAAGGCGAGUUGAGUCCAGGUUUACGAGACAGCAAAGGGUGGGAUGGAAAGUUGAGAGUUCCAAAGUCCGCACUCUUGCACAACCCCGAGGCCUUGUCGGAUCCAGAGUACUCGGAUGACGAGAACGUCUUUCGAGGGGAGGAGGUAGCCGCAGACGAAGAUCUGCUCGACGAUGAGCCAUCAGAUAGCGACGAGAUCUUCUGUACCCACUCGAGAAUCCAGUCCAUCCCCGCUUUACGGUUGGACCGGUUCAAGGAUUUGGCCCGACUUUGUCUACGGCAGAAUCUGAUACAAGACAUCGAAGGACUAUCAGGCGUUGCAGAGUCGCUGCAAGACCUAGAUCUCUACGACAACCUCAUCUCCCACAUCCGAGGGCUGGAUGAGCUGACACACCUCACGAGCCUCGACCUCAGCUUCAACAAGAUCAAACACAUCAAGCAUAUCAACCACCUCAAAGACCUGACCGAUCUGUACUUUGUGGCCAACAAGAUCAGCAAGAUCGAGGGCCUAGAUGGGCUCACCCACCUCCGCCAGCUCGAACUCGGCUCGAACCGCAUCCGGGAGCUGAGAAACCUCGAUUCGUUGGCAGCGCUGGAGGAGCUAUGGGUCGCCAAGAACAAGAUUACCGAACUCAGCGGCCUGUCCGGGCUCCCGCACCUGCGGCUCCUCAGCAUCCAGUCGAACAGGAUCCGAGACCUCUCCCCGCUCCGCGAAGUCCCCCAGCUGGAGGAGCUGUACAUCUCCCACAACGCACUGGAGUCGCUCACGGGCCUGGAGCACAACACGAAGCUGCGAGUCCUUGAUAUCUCCAACAAUAAAAUCAAGAGCCUGGAGGGACUCGGGCCUCUUGUCGAGCUAGAGGAGUUCUGGGCCAGCUACAACCAGAUCGCCGACUUCGCCGAGGUGGAGAAGGAGCUCGGCGACAAGAAGCAGCUCACGACAGUCUACUUUGAGGGGAACCCGCUGCAGCUCCGGUCCCCGGCGCUCUACCGCAACAAGGUGCGGCUAGCUCUGCCGCAGGUGCAGCAGAUCGACGCGACAUUCGUUCGAGCAUCCUAAGCACCCAUUCUGCCGACAAGGCGAGACCUUUUCUUAUCCGACUUUAUAUGAUGUAGACACGAAGCACAGCGUCCCGUUUAUGUGCGAACAGAAGCAUAAGGAGGCCAUGGCAUGGCACGGCAUAGCACGGCAUGGAAUGCCGUCUGGAGGGGCGGGAGGAUGAGUAAUGGAGAUACCGACAUUGUUUCAGCCAAAAGGAGUCCCCUCAUUCCCAAGCUUCAGGGGCGGUUGAAGGGUUGUUUUCAUAUGUUACCUUGGCUGGGACGGGGAUUCCUCAUCAUGCAUCGAGAGACCGGUCGGUUGGUUCUGUGGAUUUCGGUCAUUUAUGAAGGGGGAAAAAGAUACCUAGAGCUUUCACAUCAAAGCAGGGCGG